UUAUAUCAUGUUAUCCAUGUUGUGUUUUACAUAUAAAUAGAGCCCCAAUUCAAUUAUAGCCUAUCAUCCAAGAAGUACAAUAUUUCUCUCUUUAAUAUCAGAUAUCAGAAGAUGUAUCAAACCAAACCCAUCUUUUUUCUGCUCUUUGUGAUCAUUUUCUCCCACUCAUUUAUAAGAUCAGGCACAGCCCAAGAAGUUGAGGAUGAGAGUGAGUUUGAUUAUGCAAAAGGUAAAAAGGGACCACAUCGUUGGGGAGAGCUUAAGAAAGAAUGGUCCGCCUGCAAAAAUGGAGGAAUGCAAUCUCCCAUUGAUUUGUCUAAUCAAAGGGUCAAGAUUAUUCCAAAUAAGCUAGGCAAAGUCACUAAAAAUUACAAGCCUUCUAAUGCCACUCUCAAAAAUAGAGGCCAUGAUAUUUCGCUCCAAUGGGACUUAGGGAAAGCAGGCUCAAUCAAAAUCAAUGGCACAGAGUAUUUCCUCCAUCAAUGCCACUGGCACUCACCUUCUGAGCACACCAUUAAUGGCAGAAGGUAUGACAUGGAGUUGCAUAUGGUUCAUAUGAGUCAAGAUAAGAAACUUGCUGUGAUUGGUGUUCUCUACAAGCUUGGUUGCCAUGAUGUUUUCCUAUCAAAGUUAAUGAGUCAUAUAACAGCCAUGGCUGAUACACAUGAAGAAAAACAUCUGGGUAUGAUUGAUCCAACACAGAUCAAGCUUGGACACAAGAAGUAUUAUAGAUAUAUGGGAUCACUAACUGUUCCACCUUGUACCGAAGGUGUCAUUUGGACCAUUAGCAAGAAGAUAAGGACGAUCUCAAGAGAACAAGUAAAGCAACUUCGAGUGGCUGUUCAUGAUUAUGCGGAACAGAACGCGAGGCCUGUUCAACCAAUCAAUAGAAGAGAUAUUCACUUGGUCGACGGUGUAAUUUCACGAGGCAGAAAAUAAUUUAUAUAUUAUUUAUUCAUUAAAAUGGAUAUGAUAUCCUAGUUAGGUUUAUCAAUUUGUUUUUUUAUAUUUUUUUUUUGGUAAUCAUGAUUGAAAAAAAAUCUGAAAAAACUUGUGUAGUUUCUUACACAUCAUGUAAUAAUCUCUUUGUUAUACUCAUAUUUAUUAUUAUUAA